AGAGCGGUAUGCAGUUUAGUGCUGGGAGCGAGUGCUACUUGGCUACCUGGGGAAGCAUUAAACCACGAUUGGUCCUGCGUCCUGAGCAAACCUACAUCUCCAUGCCCCUACUCUCCAGGGAGGAAUGCUACGCAUUUGCCUCAACCAUCUCCCACACACACACGCUACAAGUCAAUGAACAAAAGCUGUGUGCUGGGAUAAUGCCGACAGUCAGCGGACGGCGGGCUGGGGCAUGCGAGUUUGACAGUGGCAGUGGACUAGUCUGUCUGAAUAGUGACAUGGAGCGAGGGCGGCAGGGGAGCUGGUACAUUGUUGGACUAGUAAGCAGUGGCAAGAAAUGUGGCGAAGUCAACUAUUACACCAAUGUGACAUCUAUGAUGGACUUUAUUCAAUCCUUAGUGGAUGGUCAACUACCACCACAAUUCUUCGAAUGUGACAAGGGUCAGAGGUCAAUUUGGUCCGAUCAGGUGUGUGAUGGGUACUUUGACUGUGAGGAUCACAGUGAUGAACUGCACUGUGAGUGUUCCGAGACCCAGUUUCGUUGUGACAACGGUUUGUGUAAAAUGGAGUUUUACUACCGCUGCAACAAUAGGGAUGAUUGCGGAGAUGGCAGUGAUGAGCGCAACUGCAGUUACUUUCCCUGUGGUGAUGGCAGACAGAUUUCCCAACAGAUGGUGUGCGAUGGUGAAAUUGAUUGCUAUACAUGGAGAGAUGAGACAAAUUGUGAGUGUAGCCCAACCGAGUUCCGUUGCGAUAACUCCAUCUGUGUGCCUGCCUUCUGGAGGUGUGAUGGUUUUGAUGACUGCUUAGAUGCUAGUGAUGAACUCAACUGCAUUUGCAAUGAUGAUCAGAUGGAUUGUGGAAACUCCCGCUGUGUCCCCAAAAACCUGAUGUGCGACGCAGUGGAUGACUGUGGGAACUUCAAAGACGAAGCAAAUUGCACCUGUUUUUCGGAUCACCUGCCCUGCAAGUCCUUGGGCGUUUGUCUGCAGGCUGACCUGUACUGGAUGUGUGAUCUGACCUUCGUAUGAUGACAUCGGCGACUCAGCAAGGAGCACAACACCGGGUUUCAAUUCCUCAUUGUUUUUGUGAAUUCAAGUAUGUCAUGUAUAAAGCUUAUAACCCUAACAAUCCCAAACACAUCAAAAUCCACAACCUGGUUUUGGUGGCUUUUGGUGAAUUUUGUCAGAUAUGAUACAGUACACAAAUAUUCCAUAUACAAACUCAAGGUGAGGGUCCCUUCAAUGUAAUGGUUUUAGUACAAGACUGUGCUCCAUUCAAUGAAAUCGAAUUGGAAUGUGUUCUAGGGUCCGAUUUAUUAGGCACUUUUUUGGCCAAAAUUUAAAAAAAAA